GAGCCGCCGCGCUCCGGUCUAAUGUCGGAAACCGGUGAGGAGCAGCUCAUGGAGACGACGGGCGCCACCGAGAACGGGCACGAGGCCGCCCCCGAAGGCGAGUCGCCGGCCGGGCCGGGCAGCGGGGCCGCGGCGAGCGCUGGAGGCGGGAGCGCGGCACCUCCGGCCAGCAACCAGAACGGCGCCGAGGGCGACAAGAUCAACGCCAGCAAGGAAGAGGAGGACGCGGGAAAAAUGUUUGUUGGUCACCUGAGCUGGGAUACCAGCAAAAAAGACCUAAAGGAUUAUUUUACCAAAUUUGGAGAGGUCGUUGACUGUACAAUAAAAAUGGAUCCCAACACUGGCCGGUCAAGAGGAUUUGGGUUUAUUCUCUUCAAAGAUGCUGCUAGUGUGGAGAAGGUCCUCGAUCAGAAGGAGCACAAGCUGGAUGGCCGAGUCAUUGACCCCAAAAAGGCUAUGGCCAUGAAGAAGGAGCCUGUAAAGAAAAUUUUUGUGGGGGGUCUGAAUCCUGAAGCCACUGAGGAGAAAAUCAGAGAGUACUUUGGCGAGUUUGGGGAGAUCGAGGCCAUUGAUCUUCCAAUGGAUCCAAAAUCAAACAAAAGAAGAGGUUUUGUUUUCAUCACCUUUAAAGAAGAGGAAGAACCUGUGAAGAAGGUUCUAGAGAAAAAGUUCCACACCAUCAGUGGAAGUAAGUGUGAAAUCAAGGUGGCUCUGCCCAGAAAAGUCUAUCAACAGCAGCAGUAUGGCUCAGGGGGCCGUGGGAACCGCAACAGAGGGAACCGAGGCAGUGGUGGUGGAGGUGGAGGUGGAGGACAGGGAGGGGUGGUUCUGAACUCCAAGAGAUAGAGGACUUUACCUAUUUAGGGGGCCACCCCUGCCCAGAGCUUUGCACGCAUAGCCCUUGGGGGUUGGAUCAGAUCCCACCUCCCAAAGUGUUUGGGAAGCCCCCCAGGCACAGCAGAAAUAGUGACCUGGGCCAGUAAGAUCCCCUCUCCACUUCAGCUCCAUGCUGCCUGCACUGUCCGGAGGAUACCUAGCCCAGCUGUUGAGCACACUAGGCCAUUGUAGCUGCUGGGUUGAGUUCUAGGGACAUGGUCAGCUGGACACUGGGCUUUUAUGCUUACCUGUUAGGAUGGCAUCCAGCUUUGCCACCACAUGUUUUACGUUGUCUAAGCUGAAGCACAUUGGGGGCUUAAAUUUCAGGACGUUCCUCCCAGGGCCAUCGGUGCUUAGCAAAAUGUAGUUCUCCUUCAGCCUGUAGGACAGGACAUAACAGCCUUGCUAUACCACCAGCCCAGGGCCCUUCACAUGGUCUUUAAGGCCUUUCUGUGCCUGGCUUUGGCCUGCUCCCACCACUGCUUUUGGAACCCUUCACAGGCCAGCAGCCCCUGCCCCCUCCUAUCUCCCCCCCGCUCCCCGAUAGGGCACUGGUUACCCCUAGUAAACCUUGAUUCCUAUCUUUUUGGACCUGGCCCUGAGAAGCGGCAUAGCCUUAUCUGCCCCUGGAGUUCCAGUCUAGUCUGAAGUCCCUGCAUUUUCCACUUCACGGUUUAUAUUAUGUGUACGGCUUGCUUUGUAUAUGUAUGGGAAAUGUCCAUCAUUAUAAAAUGCCAUCCCCUUAUCUAGCUUCAGUAACUUGCCCUGCUCCCUGCAUACAAGUAAUCUUGUAAUUUCCAGAUAGCUUGUCAGUUUAAUUUCCACUUUUU